CAGGUGGCAACGGAGAAGGAAUGGCCGCUGGACGUCUGCGAGGCGUCAUGGCGACUGCAGGAAGCCGAGCUCUCGGCCCUCCGAGCUCUCUUCAUGGACGACUUCAAGGAGAGCAACUCGCUGCCGCCGCGCUUCCAGAUCCGCAUCCGUAGCAGCGACCUGACCGAAGAGGAGGAGUGCUUCCUCACCUCCCACGGCUACCAAGUCUCGCUGUCGCUGGUGGUGACCCUGACGCGAGCCUAUCCCGAGGAGCCGCCGAUGGUCGAAGUGCGCUGGGACGGCCUGCAGGAGGGCCUCUCCGAGUCACGCUACCCCGAACUCUACUCUGUGCUCCAGCGUCAGGCUCAGGAGAACUUGGGCUCCUUCAUCAUCUCCGAGAUGGUCGAAACUGCGCGCGCCUGGGUCGUUGCGCAGGCUCGGGCCAAGUUGCAGCAAUUGAAAGCCAAGGCCGAGCGCGAGAGGGAAAGGAGGAAGGCCGUGCGCAGCAAGCUGGGCUUGGGGUCGGGCUCGCGCGAAGCCCUGCUCAAGUCCAAGGAGGACGAACUGACCCGCAGCAUGCAGCAACGGCGCGUCAGGCAUAUGAUCGAAAAGGACACCUUCUACGGCCAAGCCAUGAAGGAGAUCUACAAGUGGGACUACGACAUCUUCAACAUGGAGCAGGUCCUCUCCCUCCAGAAGGCCAAGGAGGCCAAGGUGCAGGAGGUGAUGGGUCCGCAGGUGCCGGCCGCGGUCGUGCGUGUGCUUCUCCACCAUGCACGGUGGGACGCCGACGCCCUCAUUCGCCGCUAUCGCCUGCUUACCGAUGGCGCGUCGCCGGCCUCGCCGGCUCGUGCCGCCGGAUGUGAGGGCGAUCUCGGCGACGAGAGCGAACGGGGCAAGGGCAUCCAGCAGCUCUACGCUGAGGUCGGGCUCCCAUUCGUCGAGCGCGGCAAGCACGAGUCGGCCGGCGACGAGGAAGAGGUGCACUUCCACCUGAUGGCCUCGAUCCCCGCCAAGGCCUCCUGCGGUAUCUGCAUGGACGACUUCAGCACCAGGACCAUGACCUCCCUGUCGUGUGGUCAUUGGUUCUGCAACGACUGCUACGGCACGUACCUGGUGAUGCAGAUCACGGAUGGCGCGUCGGACGCCAUCCGGUGCGCGCACUUCCGGUGCCCGUUCAUUGUCGACCCCGUGACGGUGGUGUCGCUGGUGUCGCGCGAGAUCUACCGCAAGUUCGUCACCUUCGCCGCCCAGCGCUACAUCGAGACCGACAACAGCCUGUUCCGGUGCCGCGGCACGCGGUGCGCCAGCAUCAUUCACCUACGGCACCACACCAAGGACGUCGCCUGCCCCUGCUCCCACAUCUCGUGCUCUCAAUGCGGGGAGGAGGGCCACUUCCCGAUACCGUGUGAUGUGGCCAAGUGGCACAUGAAGAACUAUGGUCACCAAUACGCCCCGAAAGACCUCGAAGCCACGUUCGACUGGCUCAUGGUUCGUUCCACCGGACAUAGCUGGCUCUGUGGUGCCAAGUGGACGUAUCACGACUGUAAUGGCACGUGGAAGGGCCAGAGAGAUCGCGAGGAGCGGCUCAAGGAUCAGAUCCUGUCGAGCACCGUCACCUUCUUCGAGUGGUACAACGCGCAGCUCCUCCCGUUGAACACCUUCGCCAAGAUCGCCGGGGCCACAAGCAUUAAGGCCCAGCGGUACCUCGAGAAGCGAAAAGACGCGUCUGCCAGGGGAGUCCGCGUCAUCAAGAGCGCUCUCCAUCACAUCUUCCUGGUCUCCAAGCUGGGCUGCUAUCGGUCGGAGCAUCCCGGAUCCGGCAGCACCAAGAACCUGCAGGCCGCUAUGUUUGGCGUCAACGCCUCCCUGGUGCGGGUCAAAGACUUCUUGGACAUGCCCGCCAAGCACCUUUCAAUCGAGAUGCUCGAGAAUGCGUGUCACACCAUGCGCCAGCGGGCGAGCGAGCUGGUGGGUGUCGUGACCAGGCUGCUCACCGAAGCCGACGGACCCCAACAAGCCCCAGCCAUGGAGCUGGUGGUACGGAGGCUCAGCCAGCAGAAGGGCGGCAAGCGCGUUCCGUUCCCGUCGUCGCUGGAGGCCCUCCUGGCCGACGGAGGCCACGUGCUGGGCAUCACCGCCGUCAGCGCCCGCACCAUCGACAAUCGCAAGCUGGGGCCCGCCUCGCUCGUCGAGCUCCUCGACCGGACCGUGGUCCACCUGCUCACCGCCGUCGAGGAGAAGGAGGUGGCGUCGUAG